AGUGCAUUGUGGUCUAUGUGCUAAAGGAAGCUGCAGCACCGGAAUCUGAGGAAUUCGAGGUGUCCGCCAAGUCUGCUGUUCACCGUCGGCUAGCCUCUCUGUUCCCCUAUCUGUACUAAACUCUCUGCGGACACACUGUAAGGUCUAACAAGGAGAAAACAUGUCUCAGGCUGACAAAAUGAAGCAGGGCCAGUUCAACAACCCUGAGACCCCAGGGUACGUUGGAUUUGCCAACCUGCCAAAUCAGGUUCAUCGCAAGUCAGUCAAAAAAGGAUUUGAGUUUACGUUGAUGGUGGUAGGUGAAUCUGGACUUGGAAAAUCCACCCUGAUCAACAGCCUGUUCCUCACUGACCUUUACCCCGAGAGAAUCAUCCCUGGAGCUGCAGGUAAAACACGCACACGCGCGCCCGCUCACUGA